AUGUUGACUUUGACCCGGAUGAUUACGAUGGGCGGAUCAAAAGAUAUGAAGAGCGAAUCCGACAAGGGUAUCCUAGCAAGAGGGUUACAAGUGCAAUACCCAGGCAAGAGUUGGGAGGUUAUUCAACGUAUAGGCAGUCUAAAGGUUAUAGCCGCACACUUGGAGGGGAUAGAAGAUCCAUUAGGAGAACUUCCUAAUGUGAAUGCAAUAAUCCACGCUUAUGAAAAUGGCCAACUGGAGUGGGACGAUAAUGCUAGCUACUGGUGUCAAGGGAAACUGAUUGCGGGUACUUCGCCAUUCUCGUGGUCUGACUUCAGAACACUGAAUACCAAAGAGAAUCGAGGAGGUGGAGGAUUUUGGGUUGAAGGAGUUUUCCCACUUGCUCCAUCCGAGAAAGCUAUGAGAUGGGAGAGUCCAACACGUAAUGCGGUGGGAACCCCAGAGGUUCGUAUUGGCCUCCGACUUGACAGAACUGCCCGGGAAAUGGAACUCAGUCAAACAGAUUAUACUGGAAUGCCAUUUCCCGUAUUAUUACGGCGAUUCAUAGAUGACAGUGCGGCUGAUUUUAUGACAAUCGGUGAGGUUGAUAUGUGGGAGCUUAUGGGGAACGAAAUAGAGGUUGCUACUGCACCAAUGGGCCAUCUUAUGGGUUAUUCCACCAUUGCGCUAGCUGAUGGUAGAGUCGCAGUGAUGAAGAUUCUCUCCGUGGAGGUUAAUAUGGUGGGUUUUGACGAGCUUCGGAGACCCGGGCUUAUGCUACCUGAUUGGACAACUAUCCCAUGCGCCGUUUUUGAGACGCUUAGACCUUGGUAUCACCAUAUGCUACUUGAUGGUGCUGGAAGACUAGCUGGUCCAUGGUUGAGAUCAAAGUUUUAUGUUGGGUCUGCGCCCGAGGCUCCCUACCCGAGUCUCUAUGCUGGAUCAGAUGUGCAUGAUUUGUUUAGUAUGCUGCCAAUCCUUCCUCCGGGGAACAGACCCGGACCUUUGUUUCGUCCUCCACAUAUGGGCGUAAAUUGGGCUGUCCAACCCGAAACAGGCUUAUUUGUGCCUGCUCCGUCGAUUGGGGGCUAUAGAGCCGUACCACCUGGGACCCUCCAGGGUUGA